GGACCCGAAAAGGCGUCGCAAAAGGGAGAAUUGUUUGAGAGCUCAGUCAUCCAAAAACGGCCUUUCAGUGUGAGAACUCGGGGAGCCGAAGAAAAUGUCGGUGUUACAGCAGUAAAUUACCAAAACUCCAGCGGCUCCAGAGGGGGAAAACUUUUAGAUUUUGGGGACUAAAGUCGUCGCAGAAGAGGGAAGGAGUGAAUUUCGCUCGGUUUUGAAGGCGGUUUGAGCACCAAACUGCAGUUUUGUGGGUAGUAUAUGGAAGAUGUCUUUCUGGACUCCAUGGAUGAAACAGAGAAUGGUUCCAGUGUUGUGUGCUGUAGGUGCAGUACUGCUGUGCUGCCUGCAGAGCAGCGCCUCUGUCUCAGAUGAGGUGCCCGUGUUCACUGAAGAGCCUGUGUCAGUGGUGCAGAAGCUGGGUGGCAGUGUGACCUUACGCUGCAGCGCCCAACCCACCACUGCCAAUAUCAGCUGGCGCCUCAACAACCAAGAGGUGGUGGGUGGCGAUGUGGGUGUGGAACUGGGGCCUGGCACCCUGCUGAUCCGCGCACUCUCCAAUGUGACUUUGGGUCGAUACCAGUGUAUAGCCAGCACGGCCGCAGGAGCCCUGGCCAGCGUGCCGGCGAACGUCACUGCUGCCAAGCUGCGUGACUUUGAGCCUGAUGACCAGCAGGAAAUCGAGGUGGAUGAAGGAAACACAGCUGUUAUUGAGUGUCACCUCCCCGAAAGCCAACCAAAGGCGCAAGUUCGCUACAGCGUCAAACAGGAAUGGCUGGAGACGUCCAAAGGUAACUACCUCAUCAUGCCAUCAGGGAACCUACAGAUAGCCAAUGCCACGCAGGAAGAUGAGGGGCCAUACAAGUGUGCUGCGUACAACCCCAUCACUCAGGAGGUCAAAACGUCCACCUCUACUGACCGCCUGCGCAUACGCCGCUCUACGUCUGAGGCAGCUCGUAUCAUUUACCCACCAGCACCUCGUUCAAUCAUGGUUACCAAAGGCCAGCGGCUGGUGCUCGAGUGUGUAGCCAGUGGCAUCCCUACGCCACACGUCAUGUGGGCAAAAGAUGGGCGGGACCUGCGUUUCCAUAAUAACACACGCUUCCUACUCAGCAACCUGCUGAUUGACGCUGUGGGCAAUGGCGACUCGGGCACUUACGUCUGUCAGGCCGACAAUGGCAUUGGAUCGAGCAGCGCCGCCAAGGCACUCUACGAUGUGCAAGUGUUCGAGCCUCCUCAGGUGACAGUGGAGCUGCAGCAGCAGGAGGUUGCGUGGGGAGAGACAGUGCGCUUCACCUGCCAGGCGCGCGGUAAACCUGCUCCGACUGUGAUGUGGUUCCACAACGCCAGACCUGUCGCCCCAUCUCCUCGUCACCGCCUCACCUCCCGCUUCCUGCGCGUGUUCAGUGUGGGCCCGCAGGAUGACGGGCUGUACCAGUGCAUGGCUGAGAACGGAGUGGGAAGCUCGCAGGAUGCUGCUCGCCUCGUUACAGUACCAGCAGGGAUUCCAUCUCGAGGGAAGCUGCCCUCAAUCUUGCGGCCGCUCAGCCCUGAUAAGGUGCUGAGAGAGCAGCCGCCUGUGAGGCCCGGAGCCACCGAUGCCAUGCUGGCUUUGGACUGCUCCAAACUCCCGGGACAAAUCCUGCCUGCAGAAGCCCCCAUCAUUCUUAGCCAGCCACGCACUGGCAAAGCCGACUACUAUGAGCUGACCUGGAGGCCUCGCCAUGAACGGGGAACCCCAGUGCUGGAGUACAUGGUCAAGUACAGAAAGGUGGGAGAUCCUUUAGCAGACUGGACCUCCAGUAGUAUCUCGGGAUCUCUCCAUAAGCUGACCCUGUCCAAGCUGCAGCCAGACAGCCUGUACGAGGUGGAGAUGACUGCCAAGAACUGUGCGGGUUUGGGUCAGCCUGCCAUGAUGACAUUCAGAACUGGCAAAGGUCGCAGGGGUGCAGGAGGGCAAAAUGACCUGCCGAAAACUCCUGCUGUUCCUUCGCCGAGCCUCUCUCCUCCUGAGGCCCCUGACAAACCCACUGUCUCCACAGCGACAGAAACAUCAGCAUAUGUGACUUGGAUCCCGCGUGGUAAUCGCGGGUUCCCCAUCCAGUCGUUUCAGGUGGAAUACAAGAAAGUGAAGAAGGCAGGAGAGGACUGGGUGACUGCGGUGGAGAACAUCCCACCAACACGCCUCUCUGUGGAGAUCACGGGCCUGCAGAAAGGAACAUCCUAUCGGUUUCGAGUUGUGGCAGUGAACGUGAUCGGUUCCAGUCCUCCCAGUGCCCCUUCCAAAGCCUACACAGUGACUGGAGGGCGAACUCACGAACGCCCCGUGGACGGACCGUACAUCACCUACAAUGAAGCCAUCAAUGAGACAACCAUCAUACUCAAAUGGACGUACACUCCACUAAACAACACACCGAUCUACGGUUUCUAUAUCUACUACCGACCGACAGACAGCGAUAACGACAGUGACUAUAAGAAGGCGGUGGUAGAGGGCGAUCGAUACUGGCAUUCCAUCACUGACCUGCAGCCAGAGACUGCCUACGACAUUAAAAUGCAGAGCUUUAAUGAGAAAGGGGAGAGUGAGUUUGGCAAUGUGGUGAUCCUGGAAACUAAGGCCCGUCCCAAUCACCCGCGGCCUGCUCCAUCAGAGAUGCCUGUCCCUGGGCCAGGACACACCAGUGGGCUGGUGCCUCGGCCCGGCGACCUGCCUUACCUCAUAGUCGGUAUUGUCCUGGGAGCCUUCGUCUUCAUCAUUGUUGCCUUCAUCCCUUUCUGCCUUUGGAGGGCUUGGGCCAAACAGAAGCAAACGUCUGAUCUGUGUUUCCCUGGUGUGGCAGCCCCCAUGUCCUCAUGUCAGUACACCAUGGUUCCACUGCAGGGACUUGCCCUGGUAGGACACUGCCCGCUGGACACUCACAUGAACUCUUCGCACACCGUAUACUCACCUAAUGGAGAAUAUACUCCUAACGGCAAAGCCCACCUCCCCGCUCAUUGUCUGCCGGGUCUGCAGCAGGAAGUCGAUUGUGAUUUGGAGUGUGACACCCUGUUACCACAGACGGCAUCAAAUGGACACGUUCCUGGCUACUGUUACUCCACCAGUGGACCUGAUCAUGAACACAGCUGCUGCCCUCCUGAUGAUUCUUCUUGUCACCUUCUCAACUCUUCACAUCAGUACUUGGGUUCACAUGCUAUGGGCAGAGAAGCCACACUGUGCAGAGCGGGCAAAGCCGAGGAAGAAAUAACUCGAGAUCCAGCGUUUAGUCUUUUAAAUCUACAAGAAGGGAUUUUCACAUCAGUGAUAUCACAGUCUGAAGAUGGCGCACAGGAAAUUAAUGACUCGCCCUGCGAGGACACAACUGCAGCCAGCACACCUGCCUGAGACUCUUUACACCGGAGAAAAUAUUUAUUUUUGUAUCAGAUAUUUAUAUAUUUAUGCUUUUGUACAUAAGUCUUUGAGUGUCAGAGGUUAUUUUCAUAAUGAGACUUUAUUCUGCUCACUCACAUUGCUGUGACAUCUGCGUUUCACGAGGAGGGACACUGCCGAGGAAAUUUUCCUCAGGUGAAGAUGAUCCAUUGGGAGGGGUGUUUAUUCAGCACUUCAUCGUUAAACCCUCCUCAGUGUUCCUCGCAGACCUCAGUCUUACACAGUUAGGUCCUUAGCUUUACGAUCACAAAACUAAGGGACGGUUGGAACCGGUCUGAUGCUGUAAUCACGAGGCGCUUCAAAACCGUUUAGUUGUCUGCCAAGUUUUCAGGAUGCAACUGUAUAAUUUUGUAUAACAGUAACAUGUACGCAUUGCUCAUUAACAAAUUUAACGCAUGUAUGCAAACAGAGCUUUCAUUAGUGUACCAGAGAUUUUAUAUAUUGUAUAGUUAUUUAUUUUUUUAAUCACUGAAUGGGAGAGAUUCUGGAAAAACAUCUUUUACGCAGUCAGAUAAGCUGAAUUUUACACUCCAACCACAUCAGUGCAUUACCCAACAGCUGCCAGGUGAGGGCGAUGUGACUGCUGUUUCUCCCCUCACAUUUCAGCAACUAAGUAUUCAAUCCACUCCAGGGGCAUCUGCAAUCAAAAUGAAGGAGUUCCUGAAUCUACACCCUCCACAUUUCAAUGUAGCCGUUUCUGUGGUUACACAUGCUGGAGCACUGUUGGCUGUAAAUAAAAGCUAAAUAUCAACCA